AUGAUACUUACGCCAAUGCUGGAUGACCGGGGCCAGACGCUGUCAGCGAAGCAGUUUGAGCAUGUCGGCCCGUGGUGUGGAAACACUAACCAGAUGGCGUGGGAUUGUGUCCUUGGGCGGGACAGACCGGCACAUGUUGACUACCUGGUUGCACCUGUGCGUGCGACGGACCUGACGGGGCUACCGCCGACGUUUCUUGAUGCGGGGGAGGCGGAGGUGUUCCGGGAUGAGGCCGUUGCGUAUGCUGCGGAAGUGUGGUGUCUCUACCGAGCUUCACGUUUGGAAGGGGGCAUUUCAUGA